AUGCGAGAAAUAAUGGCAAGACUUCAAUCUUUGGAGGAAGAAAUCCGAGGGUUGAAAAAUAAAGGCGGAAAUCAAGACGAUGAUGACUUGCAAGAAUUUUUUAACGAAGCUUUUGAGGGGAAUGAUAAUGUGGUUGGUAGUCCACAGAAAUCAAAUCGAGUAAACGAGGACGAUGACGUUGAUAAACCACCGGAGUUUGAUCGUAGAAAACAAAAACAAAUCGUGAAGGAGAACAAGAAGAAAAAGAAGGUUGUUGCUAGCGAGAUUGUGGAUGCAGAAAAUCAUAUACCCGAGCCUCUUAAUGUGAAAGCAUGUUGUCCGGUUAGGCAAUUGAAACCUUCUCAAUAUCUUAGCUCUCCAUAUGUUUCGGUGAGGUAA